AUGAAUCACUUGUGGGCACUAAGUGAUAGCAGCUAUGACACUGAUUUGGCUGCAUCAUCUGACUUUGACUCUGAUUGCAAUGACCCUGAGUAUGAUCCUGAUUGUGAAAUAGUUGAUGAGGAUGACGAGGACGAUGUUCCUGUCUUUUCAUAUGAUGUUGAUGAUCCAUGUAUUGAUAAUGAUGUGAUAUUCCCAGAUGUGGAUCAGUGCAAGUCAGCAGUUACCCAUCAUGCUAUCUUGAAUGAUUGUGCUUUCCAUAUCGUCAAGAAAGAUAAGAAAAGAUUUAGAGCCAUAUGCAAGAGAGCAGAUAAGGGUUGCAAGUGGCAGUUUUGCAUCUACCAGCAAGAAGUUAAGACGAGUGGACCAAAACACACUUGUGGUUCAUUCAACAAAUGUGGUGACACGAUGGCCUCAAAUAAAUGGGUAGCUGACAGAGUGGUGGACUUGUUGUGGGACAAACCCACAAUGGGACCUAAGGAGUUGCAGGAUGAGCUGAAGAAGAAGUACAAGAUGGAUGUUCCAUAUGACAGGGUCUACAGAGGCAAAGAGAGAGCACUUGACAUGAUAAAUGGGAAGUGGGAUGACAGUUAUGAUUUGCUACCUACUUAUCGCGCUGAGCUUAUCAAAUCAGUACCUGACAAUAUCAUUGAGUUAGACACAGAAGAGCACAAUGGGGAUGUGUGUUUCAGGAGGUUCUUUGUUGCUCUUAAACCAUGUAUUGAUGGUUUUUUGCAAGAAUGCAGGACCUACAUUGCCAUGGACUCCACUCACUUGACAGGAAGGUCAAGAGUUGCAUAUGGAGUGAUUAAGACAGAGUCUAAGGAAAGUUGGACAUGGUUCAUCCAGAACUUGAAGAAAGCUAUUGGAACUCCUACAGAUUUGGUAAUCAGUACAGAUGCAGGCAAAGGAAUAGAAGGGGCUGUAGAUGAUGUGUACCCAGGAGUGGAACAUAGAGAAUGUAUGAGGCACUUGUGGAAGAACAUGAAGAAAAAGUACUAUGGUCCCUUGUUUGCUCAGAAUAUGUGGGCAGCCGCCAAGAGCUUCACAAUUGAGAAGUUCAAUUACCACAUGGGGAAGAUAGAGGAGAAGAGUCCUGAUGCACUUUCCUGGUUGGAUAACAAUCAUCCAUAUGUGUGGAGUAGAAGCAAAUUCUCUGAUGACUACAAGGUAGAUUACAUCAAUAAUAACCUCUCUGAAUGUUUCAAUAGCUGGGUGUCAAAAACCAAGGACAUGCAGAUUGUGGACAUGCAUGACAAGAUAAGACAGAUGAUCAUAACCAAGUUUCAUUUGAGAGGAAAGAUUGGUAGUAACAUGGAGGGCAGAAUAAUUCCACCUAUUACUAAGUCUUUGAAUGCUAAAAGCAAGGCUAUUAAGGACCAUGAGGUCUUGACAUGUGGAGCUGGAACAGCUGAAGUAACUGUGUCCACCAUCAGGCAUGCAAUCAACUUGGAGCAGAAGACAUGUAGUUGUAGGGUUUGGCAAGUGACUGGAAAGCCCUGCAACCAUGCUUUAGCUUUCAUUGCAAAGCUUAGUAGGGAGGUACAUAUGGAUGACUUUGUCCAUGAAUACUUCUCUGUUGAGAGGUUCAGAAAGGCAUAUGCAGGUGUUUUCAAUCCAAUGACAUCGAAGCAUCAAUGGCCACAUGUUGACAUAGGCUGCAAAAUCAAGAAGCCUAAAUUGUGA